AUUCCCUCACUGAGCGUGAAUUAGUGUGUGCAGUCAGAAAUACACAUUCGUGAGUGAUAAAAAAUGUGGGAGAAAACAAAAGGGUGAGUGUUCAGUAACGGUGGCGCGAUCAGGUUGUAGGAAUGUAGUCUGGGCAGUAGCUCAGAGACAGAAAAACCCAUGUGUUUAGUAGAUACAAGUGAUUUGUCGACGAACUCGCCAUGACGCACAGUAUAAUGAUAAAUCCUACACAGGUAACUCUUAUUAAAGGAGCAGGUGCUCAUGUGUUCCUCAUGGAUGGCUGCUACAACACUGUCCUAUUCCCAGCCCCUAACUAAAGCCUUGAACUUAUCAGCAUGGACGGCCCUGGACAGAAGUACUUCACUCCCAUUGACUUUGUGUUAUUUGCUUUGCUCCUGGUGGCUUCCAUAGCCAUAGGGCUGUAUUAUGCCCUCACUGGAGGACGGCAGAAGACCACACAGGAGUUCCUGUUGGCGGACAGGAGCAUGAGGUGCCUGCCCCUUUCCCUCUCUCUCAUGGCCUCAUUCCAAUCCGCUGUUGCUAUAGUGGGGACGCCAGCAGAGAUCUACACCAAUGGCACACAGUACUGGUUCAUUGGUUGCGCAUAUAUUCUGGGGCUCCUGAUCCCAGCCCAUGUCUUCAUUCCAGUGUUCUACAGACUUAAUCUCACUAGUGCUUAUCAGUAUCUGGAGCUGCGUUUCUCGAAAGCAGUCAGAAUAUGUGGGACGGUGACCUUCAUUUUUCAGAUGGUUAUUUAUAUGGGUGUUGGUGUAUAUACUCCAGCUCUUGCACUGAAUGCAGUUACUGGUUUCCACUUGUGGGGAACAGUAUUAGCAACUGGACUAGUGUGCACAAUAUACACAGCACUGGGUGGUCUGAAAGCAGUCAUCUGGACAGACGUUUUUCAGACGGUGGUGAUGUUUGCAGGUCAGCUUGCUGUCAUCAUAGUGGGUGUACAGCAGGCUGGUGGUCUUUCUGAGGUUUGGAGGAAGGUUACAGAGGGAGGCCUGAUCUCUGGAAUUGACCUAAAUCCUGACCCGACUGUGAGACACACCUUCUGGACGUUGGGAUUUGGUGGUGUGUUUCUGAUGCUCUCUUUAUAUGGUGUGAACCAGGCACAAGUGCAGAGGUACCUUAGCUCUCGCACAGAGAAAGAAGCUAUAAUGUCAUGCUACAUGGUGUUUCCCUGCCUUCAGGUUGCUUUGGGUCUAAGCUGUCUGAUGGGACUUGUUAUGUUUGCAUGUUACAGUGAUAACAGUCCCUUAAUCAAACAGAAUGUCACAUCUAAAGAUCAGAUGGUCCUAUACUUUGUCAUGGACAUGCUGCAGGACAUUCCUGGACUGCCUGGACUGUUUGUUGCAUGCUUAUUCAGUGCAUCAUUAAGCACAAUAUCUUCAGCUUUCAACUCCUUGGCCACAGUAACAAUGGAGGAUUUCAUUAAGCCUCAUUAUCCUUCUAUGUCAGAGGCUAGAGCCACACUACUGUCCAAGAUACUCGCCUUUGCAUAUGGCCUUUUAUGCCUUGCUAUGGCAUAUGCUGUCCAUCUGAUGAACAGUUCUGUCUUGCAGGCAGCUCUCAGUAUCUUUGGGAUGGUAGGUGGUCCCCUGCUGGGACUCUUCUGUCUUGGGAUAUUUUUCCCUUGGGCCAAUAGCACUGGUGCUGUAACAGGACUGGUUGCUGGGCUCAUCAUGGCCUUCUGGGUUGGCAUUGGUGGAUUUGUGGCUCAGAUGUCAAAUGCUGCUAUUCAACUUCCACAUAAUGGCACUUAUCCAGUGCCAACAGAAAAUAUGACCUUGACUACAAUGAGUUCCAUAUUAACUCCAGCCACUGAUAAACUGAGUAAAUCUGCUGGGCUGCAGGGCUUCUAUUCCCUGUCCUAUAUGUGGUACAGCGCUCUCAACUCCACUGUGGUGGUUAUUAUUGGCCUUCUUGUCAGUCUCAUCACAGGUCCCAUGAAGAAAAGUGAUGUAACAGCUGGCACAGUUUAUCCUCUGCUGGAUAACAUAUGUUUUUUCCUGCGAAUCCUACUAAAACCCAAGCUUUGCUGUAGCUCACCUCCGGACCACAGGCAAAUUGCUGCACAUUGUGAACAAAUGAAUGGUGUUGCCAAGCCAGAGAAGAAUACUGGAACAGAAGAAGAGCAAGAGACUUUUUUGCCACUGAGCCAAAGAUCUUAUUUAGAAAAGGAAACCUCCGUGUGACACACGAUCAGAAACACAAUGCCGUUUUUAAUUAGAAAUGCACUGAACUUUGAUAAUGAAAUUAUAAAUGAAUGAUUCGUUAGUGGAGUAUGAGUGUUAUGAUAGUGAUGAUAUACACUCACUAAGCAUUUUAUUAGGAACGCCUAUAUGGCUGCUCAUUCAUGCAGUUAUUCAAUUAGGUGGCAGCAGCACAGUGCAUAAAAUCACAUAGGUACAGGCCAGCAUCUUGAGGAAAUGUUCACAUCAACCAUCAGAAUGGGGGAAAAGGUGUGAUCUCUGUGACUUGAACUAUUUUACGUUGUUGGUGCCCAUCUCCUGGGAUUUGCACAGAAUAAUGUAAUAAAAAUCCUGAGUGAGUGGCAGCUGCAUAAACAAGCAGAUAGACAGGUGUUCCUAUUAAAGUGGAUGAGAGUGUACUUUGUUUACAAAAUCUCUUUAGCAUUUGAACUGAGGCUAAGAGAGAAUGAAUUUUCUCUGUUUUUGGGCUGCAAAUAGUUUUUAAAAAGCUGCUUACAAACAGGAACCAAGUAUGUGGAAAUCUGAAAUAUUGAAAUUGUUGGUUGUACAAACCAGAUGGGAAGGAAAUCAAUAAAAAGAAUUGUUAGAACUGA